AUGGGUUCAAUCCUUGAAAGCUCCACCAUAGAAAAUGAAGAAAUAGAAACCCAAUACCUUCAGAAAGGAGUGAGACACUUGUGUGAAAGAGGGCUGACCAGAGUUCCAAGCAAGUACAUAUUGCCCAUCAACGAACGACCCAACUUGGGAGACACAAGGGUUAAUGCGGGCAACCUUAACCUCAAGCUGCCAGUUAUUGAUUUCACUCAGUUUCAAGGCUCAGAUAGAUGCCAAGCAAUACAUUCCCUCGAAAAAGCUUGCCGAGAAUUCGGAUUUUUUCAGUUGAUAAACCAUGGUAUCAAAGAUGAUGUUAUUCUUCGAAUGGUGAAUGUAAGUAGAAGAUUUUUCGAGCUCCCUUUCGACGAGAGAGCAAAGUACAUGUCAAAGGACAUGGCUUCCCCGGCUAGGUAUGGAACAAGCUUUAACCAGAGCAAUGACAAAGUGUUCUGCUGGAGAGACUUUCUGAAACUUAGCUGCCAACCUUUAGAAGACACGGUGCCUUGUUGGCCUUCCUCUCCUGAGGACUUAAGGGAGGCAGUCGUGAACUACUCGAAGAGCACUAAUUUUUUGUAUCUAAUGCUAAUGGAGGCCAUCUUGGAAAGCCUAGGAUUGGAGGAAACAACAGAAAGUGCUGAAAGAAAAAGCAGAAGCAUAGAGGAAUUUGAAGAUGGAAGCCAACUCAUUGUGGCGAAUUGCUACCCUGCAUGCCCUGAGCCAGAUUUAACACUAGGAAUGCCACCCCAUUCCGAUUAUGGCCUCCUCACUCUUCUCCUUCAAGAUGAAGUCGAGGGCCUUCAAAUACAACAUGAGGGCAGAUGGGUAACUGUGGAACCACUUCCAAAUUCAUUCGUUGUCAAUGUUGGUGAUCAUCUUGAGAUAUUCAGCAAUGGGAGAUACAAGAGCGUGCUCCACAGGGUUCUCGUCAACUCCUGCAAGUCUCGCAUCUCUGUGGCCUCAUUGCACAGCCUGCCAUUCAACAGCAUGGUUCGACCAUCGCCAAAACUCAUUGACCAAGCUAACCCUCUACGUUACAAGGACACAGACUUUGCCACUUUCCUUCGCUUUGUUUCUUCUCAUGAUAUGAACGCCAAGACUUUCUUAGAAUCCAGGAAAUUGACUUCAUGA